CAAAUAUUUGCCUGUUCCCAAACUAGCUUAAAGCCAGUCAGUCUGAAGUAAGUGUCUCUGCCUUGGAUGAAUCAAAAUGUCUAGUAAUUACAGCCUAUUGGUGAAGAAUGCCAAACAGUUGGUUCUGAUCUGCAACAAUGGAGAGAAGUACUUGACCAAACAUGGGAUGCAAAAUCUUUGUGUUAUUGAAAAUGGCAGUGUAGUGAUCGGGAGCGAUGGGCUGAUUAAGGCUGUGGGACCUGCUGAACUCAUCAGAGCACAGUAUUCAGAAGAGUCAUUUAACAAAGUAAUUGAUGCUACAGGAAUGUGUGUCCUGCCCGGGUUGGUUGACGCCCACACCCAUCCAGUCUGGGCUGGAGACAGGGUGCAUGAAUUUGCAAUGAAGCUGGCAGGUGCCACCUACAUGGACGUCCACCGGGCCGGUGGAGGGAUCCACUUCACGGUGGAGCACACUCGAGCCGCGAGGUCUUUUGAGCUGCUGGCCUCCCUCUGCAGCCGGUUGGUCCGGAUGCAGCGGGCUGGUACUACCCUGGUGGAGUGUAAGAGCGGAUAUGGCCUGGAACUGCAGACUGAGCUGAAGAUGCUGGAAGUGAUCGAGCAGGCCAGACAGAGCUUGCCCAUCAACAUCUCCUCAACCUACUGUGGAGCCCAUGCAGUGCCCAAGGGGAAGACAGUUGCAGAAGCCACAGAGGACAUCCUGCAGGUUCAGCUGCCACGGCUGAAAGAACAGAUGUCUGCUGGGACUCUCAGAGUCGACAACAUAGACGUGUUCUGUGAGCAGGGAGUGUUUGACCUCAACUCUACUCGCUCCAUCCUGCAGGCUGGCAAAGACAUGGGCCUCAACAUCAACUUCCACGGAGAUGAGCUUCAUCCUAUGAACUCUGCUCAGCUGGGUGCAGAGCUCGGAGCCUUAGCCAUCAGUCACCUGGAGGAGGUCACAGACGAGGGGAUCGCUGCCAUGGCAGCAGCAAGAACUGCUGCAGUCCUUCUGCCAACCACAGCGUAUAUUCUACGGCUGCCCCAGCCUCGGGCCAGAGACAUGUUGGAAGCUGGAGUUAUUGUUGCCCUCGGCAGUGAUUUCAACCCCAAUGCCUACUGCUGCUCCAUGCCGAUAGUCAUGCACCUGGCCUGUGUCAAUAUGAGGAUGUCCAUGUCGGAGGCUUUGGCUGCAGCCACCAUCAAUGCAGCCUACGCCCUUCGGUGCUCCCACACACAUGGUUCCCUGGAGGUCAACAAACAUGGAGACCUGCUGAUCCUCAACACCACACGAUGGGAGCAUCUGAUCUAUCAGCUGGGAGGACAUCAGGAGCUAAUCCGUUAUGUUGUCAUCAAAGGCAACGUCGUCUUUGAUAAUGACAGAACCAUGGAUUUAUAAUCAGAAAAUAAUCUGCUGACUGAUUCAGAUAAGUAAAGGUACUAUUAAUAAUACUGAUCAGAUAACGACAUAUAUUCAGCUGUGAUUUUAAAGGAAUACUGUGUCAGGAAAGCAGUAGCUGUGCUGUCUAAGUCCUGGAGUCUGCGCUGGUUUCACCAAUUCCAGUAUUUAUGCUAAGCUAAAUGGCAGCUGGCUGUUUAUAUUUAACCCAUUGGAAACAUGUUAACUGUUGAUUAAAACCUGUCUCUCUAUUCAUGUAUCUGUUUCUGUAAUGUAGAGCACACACACGUUCUGUCAGUAAAAAGCAUUUUAAGUUA